CCCCGCCCCAUCUGCUGGGGGCCGGCCCUCAGUCCUCAGUUUCCUUUUCUCCACAUGCUGGAGGACCUGGGGGCCAACAUGGAUCUUCCCCUUGACAUCAGCUGAGCCUGGAAGACACAUUCUCUUAGACCAUGGACAGAGGCAGCCACCCGAAUGCUUCUCCGGCAAGGACACCUCCUCCUCAGACUUCUCCAGCAAGGACAUCUCCAGCUCGGGCUUCUCCAUCAAGGACACUUCCUCCUCAAGCUUCUCCAGCAAGGACACCUCCUCCCCAGGCUUCUCCAGCAAGGACACCUCCUCCUCAGGCUUCUCCAGCAAGGACAUCUUCAGCCCGGGCAUCUCCAGCUGGGGCUUCUCUUCCCCAGGCUUCUCCAGCAAGGACACCUCCUCCUCAGGCUUCUCCGGCAAGGACAUCUCCAGCCAGGGUAUCACCUUCCAGGUCAUCGUCGGGCAGGUCAUCAUCUGCCAGGUCAGCCUCCACGACAUCCUCCCCAACGAGAGUGUACCUUGUUAGAGCAACACCAGUGGGUGCUGUCCCCAUCCGGGCAUCUCCUGCCAGGUCAGCACCAGCCACCAGGGCCACCAGGGAGAGCCCAGGUCUCAGCGUGCCCAAGUUCUCCUGGCAGGAGACGCAGAGACAGCUGCCACUCAUCGGGUGUAUCAUCCUUCUCAUCAGCCUGGUGAUCUCACUCAUCCUUCUCUAUGGGGGACGAGAGCCCCAGAGUCCGAGAGGGAUUGCAGUCUACUUCUGGCGAGGCCACACGGGGAUCAAAUACAAAGAGCCGACGGAGAGCUGCCCCAACCACGCAGUUCGCUGUGAUGGGGUGGUGGACUGCAAAAUGAAAAGUGAUGAGCUGGGCUGUGUCAGGUUUGACUGGGACAGGUCUCUGCUGAAGGUCUACUCUGGGUCCUCUGGUGAGUGGCUCCCUGUCUGCAGCAGCAGCUGGAAUGACAGUGACUCCAAGAGGACCUGCCAGCAGCUGGGCUUUGACGGUGCUUACCGAACAACCGAGGUGGCCCAUAGGGACAUCACCAGCAGCUUUUUACUCUCCGAAUACAACUCCACCAUCCAGGAAAGCCUCCACAGGUCCGAAUGUCCUUCCCAGCGGUACGUCUCCCUGCAGUGUUCCCACUGUGGUCUGAGAGCUAUGACUGGGAAGAUCGUGGGAGGGGCUCAGACCUCGGAGACCAAGUGGCCUUGGCAAGUCAGCCUACACUUUGGUUCCACCCACAUCUGCGGGGGCACACUCAUCGAUGCCCAGUGGGUGCUCACCGCGGCCCACUGCUUCUUUGUGACCCGGGAGAAGGUUCUGGAGGGUUGGAAGGUGUAUGCAGGCACCAGCAACCUGCACCAGCUCCCUGAGGCUGCCUCUAUCUCCCAGAUCAUCAUCAAUGGUAACUACACCGACGAGCAGGAUGACUAUGACAUCGCCCUCAUGAGGCUUUCCAAGCCUUUGACCCUCUCAGCUCACAUCCACCCUGCCUGCCUCCCUAUGCACGGUCAAACCUUCGGCCUCAAUGAGACCUGCUGGAUCACUGGCUUUGGCAAAACCAAGGAGACAGAUGAGAAGACAUCUGCUUUUCUCCGAGAGGUUCAGGUCAACCUCAUUGACUUCAAGAAGUGCAAUGACUACUCGGUCUAUGACAGUUACCUUACCCCAAGGAUGAUGUGUGCCGGGGAUCUUCGAGGAGGGAGGGACUCCUGCCAGGGAGACAGCGGAGGACCUCUUGUCUGUGAGCAGAACAACCGCUGGUACCUGGCAGGUGUCACAAGCUGGGGCACAGGCUGUGGCCAGAGGAACAAACCUGGUGUGUACACCAAAGUGACAGAAGUCCUUCCCUGGAUUUAUAGCAAGAUGGAGAGCGAGGUACGCUUCCGGAAAUCUUAACCUCACAUCGCUGACUGCUAUGAAGAUCCUGGCUAAAGGGACUAGCCAUUCCCAGCAUCAGGACCAGUGGCCACCAGGCACCCUUGUUCCUACCGCCUCUGCUGUCUGCUGUCUCUGUGGGAGUGCAAAUGUGGUGUGUGUGUGUGUUUACGUCAUGCAUGCCUCUGUGUGUGUGUGUGUGUGUGUGUGUGUGUGUGUGUGUUACUAUUCUUUCAAGUUCUUCGGAAAACAGGAAAACUUGACUCCUCCCAGAAUCCCUGGCUGGAAAUCUGGAGUUAGGAGGAGUUUGGGCACCAGGUGUGUUCCUGAGAGUCUAUAAGUGGAAGGGGAGCUAAAUACGAGCCCAGGAGGGCCUGGAAGAUGGCAGCAGCAGUUGUCGCUCUCCUGACUCGUAGACCAGCCCAGAUUGGACAGACACCCAGCAGCCAGUGACACCUCUGCUGUGCUUAGACAGCAGCAAGUUUUGUCAGAGUUGGCUUCUCAGUGCCUGGACCAUCUGUCCGCGGUGGAAAGGCAUUCCCAUUGGCGUUGGAGUGGCAGGUCCUCUAAGCCACUGCUGUGGAUUCCAGAGCUGGGCUCUGCUGUAGCCAUCCAUCUCUGGGUGAUGACUGUGACUCAGGCUUGCUGUACUUUUGGUCACAAGCUGUUGGGAUGAUUUUAUUUUAUUUUUAUAUUUAAGACAUAGGAACCGAUGUAAUUUUAAGGAGUCUCCAAAAAUCCUAGGGACCUUGGAGGUUUGCGUGAACUCCAGGGCACUCAUGGGAGUUGUACCUCUGUAGCAUCUUGUGACAUAUUACUAGCUUCAUGAAAUGAGGUGAAGUACCUCAGUGAAAUCCUCAGACAUCUCCAAGAUGGUGUGGAGACUAGGGCCCUUUGAGAUACUCAGGGAAGAAAAUCCUCAUUUGGACUGACAGAUAAAUGCAAUUCAUGCUGCUCUAGCCUCCAAGAACUACAGCCAGACGGAAGAACUGAAGAUGUGUGUACUACCUGGCUUAUCCUCCCAGGACCACUGGGAAAGUCUAGGCAAGCAUCAUCAGCAUCAUUUACACCCAAGGGCAGAGCUGGGACUAUGGAGUUUGUUUCUGGCUUCCUCCAUCUUUCAGUUUUGUACCGACUCAAGAGUCCAUGAAGAGAAAACAAGAACUGUCCCCAGAACUGUUUCAACAGCCCUUCUGGAAGGCCCAAGUUGUCCCUAGUCCUGGUCUUCCACCAGGCCUUUUCUCUUGGUCACCCAUUUCUCCUCAAUUCCACUCCCUUUACCUUCCUUGGCCCGAUCAGACCUCUUGUGAUACUGAGUUUCAGGGGCAAGUUCAAGGAGAUCAGAUGAGCUCAGGACAGCUCAGAUAAGCUGGAGGUAGCCAGAGGGAUUGAGCGGCAUUAGACAGGGCUGGAACAUUAGAGAAUAUCUUCAGGGCUGGGAAGCGGGACAGCCUUCACGUCUGCAGAAGUUCCCAGCAAUGAGCUUCAAUAAUAAAAGUGUGUGACAUGAA